AUGCAUCAGGUGGAUUACAACGUCGUAUAUGUGGACCGUCGGGCUCGGCGAGAUAGAGUACAGCACCGGGAUGAUUUGUUGCCAUCGCCUAUUUCGUCCGGACCCGAAUCAUCGGAUGGGAACGACGAAGCACAGAACGAAAACGAGGAGGUCAUUCAUAACCUACAAUGUUUGCUUUCGGCCUUUAAUUCUGUGACAAUUUGUACAACUGGGACUUCCUGCGUAUCGGUGCUUUCGGAUGUCGACAGAAACGACCCGACGCCUACACUUGUUUUAUUAGAUAUUCCAUGGCAACCUCAACCGGAGGAGGAUAUCGUCGGUCAUGAAGGGAGGCAUGAUUCCGGGAUCGCUGCUGACAUGCUAUACGGGCUUCCCCUGCUGAAGUUUAUCUGCAAUGAGGUUGACGCCUUACGUAUGUCGAGUUUGGUUGUCCCGGUUACCUUCUUGACCAAUCGAGAGCCUGCAGCCGCCAAUGGGACUCUUCCAAACCAAAUUUGCUGGUCAACUACCGAGACGGAACGAUGUUGCGAGGAGCGGGAGCUCAAGUGUAUUGAUAAUGGUGCCGUUGACGUACUGGUUAGUCCGAUUCCGAGGGAGAGGGCAAAGGUAAUGUAUAUGCAUUGCUAUCGUGCUAGGAAGAAUGUGCAAAAGUCACGUAGGGUCUCAUGGGUUGGAAUUGAUGAGCAAAAGCCCGUACGGGAAGCGAGCGACUAUGCUUAUUUGAGGGAAAAGAUGUAUGCUUACUUUUAUCGUUGUGGUCCCCAUAUGCGUAUUUCUUCUGGCAAUAUUGAAAAGAUCCAGCUUGCCAUUGGCAGUUGGAACUUUUCCGCCCAUGAUUUCAGUGACGAAGAGCUUGUGCAUUGUGCUAAGCUAAUGCUGGAGCACGCUUUGGAAAUGCCGGAGGUCGAGGCUUAUCGGAUCUCGUCAGAUCGCAUCGUGGACUUCUUGACCGCGUGUCGGGCCGCAUAUAACCCAAAGAUACCUUACCACAAUUUUAGGCACGUGGUGGAUGUUUUACAGGCCGUCUUCUAUUUCCUAUUACAAUUGAGGGCCUUACCACCAUACAGUCCGGGCGAGCCUGUGGGGCUUGGGCCACCGCCUGCUAGGAGCCUGAGCCACCUGCUCACGCCUCUAGACGCGCUUACUCUCCUGGUGGUCGCUGUUGGCCACGAUGUUGGUCAUCCUGGGGUGAACAAUGCCUUCCUGAUCACCCUGAAGGCGCCGCUCGCCCAGGUAUAUAAUGAUCGUUCUGUUUUGGAAUCUUUCCAUUGCGCUGCUUUCUCUCAGGUAUUGCGGAGGUACUGGCCAAAGACAGUAGAGCUUAGGAAAUCGAUAAUAGAUAUGAUAUUAGCAACGGAUAUGGGGUUGCAUUUUGAUUACAUGGGGCGGUUGGACGAGAUGAAGGAGAAAGUUCUGAAGGAUGGUGGAAUGGACUCGUUGAAAGACCAGGCUAUCUCGGAUUAUAGGACCCUCGUCUGCGCUCUGCUAAUCAAGUGUGCUGAUAUUAGCAAUGUGGCACGAACACAUGAGUGCUCUUCCCAGUGGGCUAAAAUUCUGAUUGAAGAGUUUGCCCGCCAGGCGACCAUGGAAAGUGAUCUUGGAAUAUCAUCAUCACCGGUCGCUCCGCCUGUCACUGGGUCUGUUCUUGCCCUUGCAAAGUCACAGGUGGGAUUUAUGACUUUGUUUGCUUUGCCUUUAUUUAUUUCCUUGAGCGAAGUUCUGCCAGAGAUGCAGUUCAGUGUGGAUGUCUUGAUAGCAAACAAGGCGAUGUGGCAAACAGAGAUCGAAACCAUCACCUCAGCAUCGGAUGGAAUCGUGGAUAAGAUGUUUGGCAACAGCAAUGGACCGGCGCCGGGAUCGCUAUCGACAAGCGCCGGCAGUAAGCAGGGUGGUGAAGAUUUGGGGGACGGUCGGUUGGGCGGCAGCCACGGAACGCAUGUUCUAGGGCCAGUGGUAAUGGAGUCGUCUACCACUUUCCAAUCAUCAGGUAAUCUUGGUGGAGGUGGAAGUGAGGCGCGCUUGAAUGUUCUGGCUCUUGAACCAGGCGUUCAAGCGUCGGCUGAACAGCCUACGGUCACGGUUGUGGUGACGCAACCGAAAACGCUCUCGCCUGACCCGCACGCGCUCCUCGACGAGAAGAGGCCCACCCAUCAGUAUUCAUCCGAACAUCUUGGAACCCAGGAACCCCCCGAACAGGACAUCCCCGAUCGCCCCAGGUCGAGCCCACCGGAUCUGGGCGACCACUCGAGUGAGCACUCGUGCUCGAAGGCCUGCUGCGGACCGACGGCUGUUGUGUCGACAAGCACGAUACAGCGCCGUCCGUCCAGCUUUUUCAAGAGAGUCAAAUUAUGGAAGAGUUGGCGGAAGGAAACAAGUGAAGCAUGACUACAUGGCAGUGACAAUAAUAACCACGGCGAUGGCAAAAACAAUAACAGUAGCAAUGGUAAUGGCAACAAGGAGGGCACGGGGGGGAUAUUCUUUGAUUCAAAAGCAAUAUCUGUGCAAGAAAUCUCGUCCCCUCUGACCCCAACGCAUCCACUCGCUCCACCGCCCUUCGAACACCCGCUUCCACCACCGCCUCCACCUCCAACACUUCUACCGACUCACGUGGUGCAAAUGCUCGGCAUCCGAAAAAGAAAAAGUUUUCAUUGUUUCUAGUUCCUCUUUUUUGCCCUUGUUUUUAUUUCCCGCUAACAAAACCCUUUGCUUAGACCUUUUUUCCUCUCUUUUUCUUCUCUUCUCUUUAAAAGGAGGGUUUUUCCGGUUUUUUUCCUUUCUGUUAUGGGUCUGGUGUAGGUCUUUGUUCUUUAGGCGUUCUUUCCUUCUUCCUUUUUAUAUCCUUCACUGCCCCUUUUUGUGCUAUUCCCAACCGCUCACCCACAGCGGGAAACGAAAACUUGCCACUGGAUUUGGGCAUUUUGUUCUUCCUUCUAUUCUAUUCCUUUUCCGUUUCGUAUCGAUGGGCUGGGAUUAGAAUGGGUUGGCUUUGCUCGGGGACUGGUGGGGACAGGGCGAACCGGGGGACGAAAGAGGGCUGGACUACUACUACUUGUUUAGGCUGGGUUGAAUAUACUAUUCUAUGAUUUUUUGCUGACAGACACAAUCAAUCUGAUAUUUUCAACCUAUUCUUGUACUGUACACUCUUUUCUCUUUCUCUUUUCUUCCAAGCUCAACGGAGGGAUGGGCGGGUGGGUGGAAGGUGUUUAGCAUGUGACCAUGAUCGGUUGAUUGGAUGUCUUUUCUCCCCUCAUGUUGUGUAUUUGUAGGACAGGGUAGGGCUAUUUCUGUGGUUUUGUGA